CAGGCAAUAACAAGUUAGAAAAGAAAAGAGGAGGGGAAGAUCAGCCCAAUUUAAAAAAACACGAGGAGAGCAGCAAUGGCGUCUUCUCCCUUACUUUUCCUUUCACUUCUCCUAUUUGCCCCUCUGGCGUUGGCCGGACACGGUCCUUCGGGUCCCCCCGUCCCCCACGGUGGCCCCCUCCUCACCAGGAGCAUCAACCUCUCCCUCAUUUGGUACGGUCCCUUUGGUCGUGUCCAGAAGCGAGUCAUCAGGACCUUCAUCAGUUCCCUCAACUACAAUGGCGGAGCCAACCUCGAGCCCCAGGUGUCAUCCUGGUGGCGGGUCGUCGAGAGCUACCAAUCGUUUGCCAGGCCUGGUCCCCCGGGGCCGGCUCCGCCGAUCAAUGUCAAAGUGGUCAAACAGGAGGUGGACAUUAACUUCUCGGUCGGGAAGGUCUUGACGGUGGAUUUCCUCAAUAUCCUAGCCCAGAAAGCGGCAGCAGGCACCCCCGCGGGGUCACUUGCUGUUAUAUUCGCCGGCAGUGGCGUAACCGUGCAGGGACUGUGCAUGGGCAAGUGCUCCAUACAUGGUCUUAACGGUCCACAGCCAUACCUUGUGGUCGGAAACCCCGAGAUCGAGUGCCCUGGAUCGUGCGCGUGGCCCUUCUUCCCAUCUGACUACGGGCCUAAGGGCGUCAUCCUGCAGCCUCCGAACAAGAACGUCGCUGCUGACGCUAUGGUGAUCGCCCUUGCAUCUGGGCUGGCAGAAACUGUGACCAAUCCUUUCAACAAUGGGUUUUACAGCGGCAUCCCGACUCAGCCCACUGAGAUUUCGGACGCCUGCCCCAACAUGUUUGGGAGUGGUGCACUGCCAGGGUACACCGGUAAGGUGCGCAUUGACCCGGCGACUGGUGGGGCAUUCAAUGCGCACGGCCCUAGAGGAAGGAAGUAUUUGCUUCCUGCAAUCUGGAACCCGAGGACUAACUCUUGCUAUACCCCCUUGUAGUGAUGCGACAAUUCCAUAGCCAUGACAAGGUUAUGUAUUUUUAGGGCUCAGGAAGAAACAUGUGAAGAUUACGGGCCACGAAACUCAAUUGAAUAUAAAAACGUUCCAUUUUGAUACUCAAAUUUAAGGUCGUAUCUGUAUUUACAUAAGUUCAAUCCUAUGUGCACCAAUGCUUCGACUGCUACCAAUUGUAUUAAACACGGCUAGCAGAAAAGGGACUGAAACUAUGAGAUUGCUGAUAUUAAGAAAGAAAAACCCGGGAAUACGACUAACAAUCAUAAGGAAAUACAUGGGUCUUGAGAGCAGCAACAUCAUUCAUAGAACAGCAAAA